GGUCCCUCAACCAAGUGUGUUGCUACGCCCACAGCGCACGUUACCAUCAUCAGCCUCCUUCAGAGAUUAAGCCCGAUAAUGCGAAGUGUGAUACUGAACAUCAGAAUUUCGCCUCUCAGUUCUUUGCACUUUCGAGUUCAUAUCCCAAUUAGAGCCUUCCCAAUGUUUAUUCUCAAGGCAUGGCGGUCCACAGCUUUUGGGGUUUAUGGGUACCUGAAUUUCACCAAAUCUGCCUUCAUAGAACAUUCGAAAAAAUUUAAAUCAGAAGAUAUGGAAACGAAUAUAGAAGGGAAAAAUUGCAUAGUUACAGGGGCAAAUUCUGGCAUUGGUUACGCGACUGCUCAUGGUCUGGCUUCACGUCAAAGGCGCAAGGCGCAUCGAGGAGCAAAGCGUGCUUGGAGCCUAGGCAGGAGGCAUGAGGCGAAGGUGUGCGCCUUGUGGAGUGGGGCGACUGUUUAUAUGGUAUGUCGCAAUAAGGAGAAGGGAGAAGCGGCUCUUUCAGAAAUUCAGUCAAUGACUGGCAACCAAAAUGUUCACUUGGAGGUAUGCGAUAUUUCAUCCAUUAGUGGGAUCAAAUCAUUUGUGUCCAAGUUUUCUUCAAAGAACAUGCCUGUUCAUGUUUUGGUUAACAAUGCUGGCUUGCUUGAAUGUACACUCAUUAAGACCCCAGAAGGGUUCGAGUUGAAUUUCGCUGUAAAUGUGUUAGGCACUUAUGCAAUGACGGAACUGAUGUUGCCAUUACUGGAAAAAGCUGCACCUGAUGCUCGUGUCAUUACAGUUUCUUCAGGUGGAAUGUACUCAGUUCCUCUAACCAAAGAUUUACAGUUUAGUGAUAGCAAAUUUGAUGGAGUCCUGCAGUACGCUAGGAACAAGCGAGUUCAGGUGGCUUUGAUGGAGAAAUGGGCGAAAGCAUACGAGAAUAAGGGGGUUGGAUUCUAUUCAAUGCAUCCAGGUUGGGCUGAGACACCUGGAGUUGCCAAGAGCUUGCCUGAUUUCUCCAAAUCGUUCUCAGGAAAGCUUAGAACAAGUGAGGAAGGGGCAGACACAAUCAUUUGGCUGGCCUUACAACCGAAGGAAAAAUUGGUAUCAGGUGCAUUCUAUUUUGAUAGAGCAGAAGCACCAAAACACCUGAUUCUUGCAGCUACCAAAGGCUCUCAUGCAGAGAUUGAUUCCAUUGUCGAUAGCCUUCGUUCCUUGUCCGGUCUUUCUUCUUUGACCAGGUAACGGGGGAGCCGAUUGCAAAAGGACCUAAAGUGGGGCACUUGUUUCCACUACUUUUGCCUGUUCCAACACUUUCUCCAGUUUCUUAUAUUAAGUCUUUUGCUUGUAAUAAUGUUUCAGAUCUUAGUAUGGUAUGACCUCGUCGUUUAGGCCAUCCCAAUACUCAGAUCUUAUCUCAGUAUUGAACUCUAAUUUACUUGGUAAUAAGGAAUGUUUUUUU